AUGAUGGGCUCCGUGCUCCCAGCUGAGGCCCUGGUGCUCAAAACAGGGCUGAAGGCUCCGGGGCUGGCGCUGGCGGAGGUCAUCACCUCCGACAUUCUGCACAGUUUCUUAUACGGCCGAUGGCGCAAUGUACUAGGCGAACAGCUGCUCGAGGACAAGAGCCACCACGCCAGCCCAAAGACUGCCUUCACCGCCGAAGUCCUGGCGCAGUCCUUCUCAGGAGAGGUGCAGAAGCUGUCCAGCCUGGUGCUGCCGGUGGAAGUGAUCAUAGCUCAGAGUUCCAUCCCUGGCGAGGGCCUUGGCAUCUUCUCCAAGACGUGGAUCAAGGCAGGCACGGAGAUGGGUCCCUUCACUGGCCGUGUCAUUGCCCCAGAGCAUGUGGAUAUCUGCAAGAACAACAACCUGAUGUGGGAGGUAUUCAAUGAGGAUGGCACGGUACGCUACUUCAUCGAUGCCAGCCAGGAAGACCACCGAAGCUGGAUGACCUACAUCAAGUGUGCCAGGAAUGAGCAGGAGCAGAACCUGGAGGUGGUACAGAUCGGUACCAGCAUCUUCUACAAGGCCAUAGAGAUGAUCCCUCCAGACCAGGAACUGCUGGUGUGGUAUGGAAAUUCCCACAACACCUUCCUGGGCAUCCCUGGUGUGCCAGGACUGGAGGAGGAGCAGAAGAAAAACAAGCAUGAGGAAGAUGCCAAGGAGCGACGUCCUCUUUACCCAGGCUACCCGGCUGGUGUGGCUGCCCUGUGGCCUCUACUUGGGAGCUGGUCCCCACGCCCCCAGCUCCUUCCCGGAGUCUCCCUCCUGCAGGGCCGCUCCCCCACGCGAACAUCUCUCUGGGAUGACAGGAGAGGGACAGACCAUCUCUAA